AUGGAGGACUAUAAAAAAAGACAGUAUACCUCGACCCUAAGAACUAGAGGAGAUUCAUUAUUAAUAAAAUUAAUCCCCAUAAAAGGCUUUCAUGGCAUGUACUCAAUCUUCGGGGGACCACUUCUGGAGUUGAAAGGCCAUAGAAGAGGGUGCUGUUAAGACUGGUUUGCUGACUGGCUUAGCCGGGUAUAGAAGCUGGCAAUGAUGCUGUAUCGGCUGAAGCUGUUAAUGCAGUGAAGUCUUAUCUUUCUUACACGGGUAAAAGCAUAAUAAAGAUCAGGUUCCAAGCCUAACUCUAUAAGAGUAGGACGGCUAAAGACAGAAAAUAGAAAGUUGUUUCACUCAUUCUUAGUAACUCUUUCACUGCCUUUUUUGAUUAACUCGUCGCUACUUCUCCAUGUACCCGACACUUAUUCCCAAGCGGAGGGAGGAGAAGGUGCAUCAAAUAUGGGAGCACAUGAUGAUGGCCUGCCGGGAUCCUCUCAUCUCGCCCCCGAACAAUCAACCUCGUCUUCAUUGAAUGGCUCUUUUCAGACUAGAAUCUCUAUUUGAUUAGAGAAGCUUGGUUCUUACAUGACGAGGAGGGUUGGGUUCUUUCUUUAUAUAUUGAUUGAGUCUGGCUAGCUAGUUUCGGCUAUCGGUCACGGGAAAGCAAAAACUUGUAUAUAAUAAGUAAAGACUGGGUCGGUCGAGACUCUUUCUUAGUCAAGUGGGAAGACAGCACCGAAUCAGACAGACACAGAAGAAGAUCAUCCGACCGGCGAGAUAGUUCGAUUUCUAGUAAACUAACUGAUAAUCCAAGUCGUAAGUACGAACCACUCAAUGAGAAUCUCACGUCAAUAAGCUACGACUACGAAACGAAUUCGAUCGGGUUCAGCGCUUGAAAAGCUAUCGAAGAAGAGUCAAUUCAAUGCUCAAGUCAAAGGGGGGAGUCCACUUAUUCUAUAUUCAAUAGAACACUGCUUCAUAUCUCAAUCUAUAGAGAGAAAUCUGUGGCUAAGAACCCUUCAGCGGACUCGACCAAGAGGAAGCGAAAGAUGACUCGACCAAAGGCUCAGCCGACUGAGAAAGUUUAUCAGUCGAAGGAUAAACUGAAUUCAAAUCUCAUUUGCUUGUUGCCGGUUUUUAGCCAUAUCAGUAAGGCUAGUGAGCAAGUUUAGGUUUAGGAAUAGGAAUGAUUCUUAGGAAGCAACCUCUUCUCUGUCAUACUCAGAGAAGCCUUCCUCAUCCACCUCGACUUCGCUUGAACGAUUUCCCAUGUAGAACAAGGCUUGCUGAUGUCGUAGGUACUGAGCAUAAAAUCUUGGGAGACAUCGUUCGGUAAGUUUCCGUCCACGGCGUUACUCUUUUUUCUUCAAUGCUUAAGUCGAUCCUGCUUACAGACUUAGAAGACUAGAAGAAAGCAAUUCUUAUGCCCAAAGACUCCCAUGCCUUUCUUGGUCGGACCAACCCAACCGGUGAUUUCCGACAAGUCUUUCUUCAUUAAAGUGGUGAGAAGCGGAACUACAAGAAAGCUUUCUUUCUCUUUAUGGAUAACCAAUUCAUUUUCAAAUAUAGUUGGGAGACUUUACCCAAGAAAUGGGUAAAAAAAAUAGAAAAAUCAGAACAUGGGAAUAGAUCUGAUACCAAUACGGACUACCCAUUUCAAUUGUUGUGCUUUCUUAAAUUGCAUACCUAUACAAGGUUUCAAGUUUUGAUCGAUAUUUGCGGAGUUGAUUAUCCUUCUCGAAAACGCAGAUUUGAAGUGGUCUAUAAUUUACUGAGUACUCGGUAUAAUUCGCGCAUUCGCGUACAAACCAGUGCAGACGAAGUAACACGAAUAUCUCCGGUAGUAAGUCUAUUUCCAUCAGCCGGCCGGUGGGAGCGAGAAGUUUGGGAUAUGUUUGGUGUUUCUUCCAUCAAUCAUCCGGAUCUACGCCGUAUAUUAACAGAUUAUGGUUUCGAGGGUCAUCCAUUACGAAAAGACUUUCCUCUGAGUGGAUAUGUAGAAGUACGCUAUGAUGAUCCAGAGAAACGUGUGGUUUCUGAGCCCAUUGAGAUGACCCAAGAAUUUAGAUAUUUCGAUUUUGCUAGUCCUUGGGAACAACGCAACGGUAACGAAGGAUAAUUCGGAAUCAGAAUAAGUCCAGUCCAGGGGACAAAUCAAUAGGAAAUGCUAUUUGCUUCGUAAGAAGACUUCUAUGAAAUAAAUGAAAGAGUUUCACGGGAAUUGUCUUGAUCGUCGGAUAUCAUUAAAAAAAAAAGAAAUGGCAAGAAUAAUUUAAUAUCGAUAGAAAAAAAAAACGAUCUGGAAAAAAGGGAAGGGGUUCUCUACAAUGACACUGUAGACUAAUUGAAAAGGAUGUAGCGCAGCUUGGUAGCGCCUUUGUUUUGGGUAAAGAAUGUCACGGGUUCCAAUCCUGUCAUCCCUACCUAUUCUUUUCCCCUGGGCAGUAAGGGGGAUCCAUUGAGAU